AUGACACUCGCCUCAGAGACAGAUUAUGUAUCGCUUUCUCCCUCAUUUCUUAGACCUAGCAUGAGCUCAAUCGAUUUUUCGCGCACCGAAGAUAUCGAGACGUCGUCCUUCAGUCAUCAUGAAGAUACCUCAAGGUUGUUGUUGCGACGGAAUUCCGCGACCAGUGUCGCUACAAACACAUCGUAUCAAGUGCGCACAUGGCGUCAAAUCAGCUUCCAACGCCUUUCCCAGGAACGAUUGACCCUUUUUAUUAGAGUUAAGACUCCAAUCCAGCAGCGCAUGCGAAGAAGUCGUUUCUACGGUUGGCGCAUGGGACUUUCGUUCGGCGGCUCCAUGUACUUGUUCGUUCUGUGUUGCAAUAUCAUCGCCAUUGCCGUCGCGAGCUUUGCCGGUAGCAAGAGAGAGAAUAAUAUCUGGGACAUUGUUUCUGAAAGUGUUACUACAACAUAUCGCUGGUGCACAGCCUUCCACCUGAUUAUCAACGUUUUCAGUACAAUUCUGCUCGCUGCUAGCAAUUACACUAUGCAGGUGUUCUGCUUCACAACUCGAUCAGAUGUUGAUGCGGCUCAUGCCAAAGUAAUCGAAUAUGGAUUCCGCGACUAG